UUGAGCGGGGAGGUCGUGUCGCUCGCGCCUCCCGCCCCGCGUAUUCCCGCGCGAACUAUCGCUCAUCCAAUUAAAAAGCAAUGACUCGGUUGUUUAAAGCAUGGGAUAAUCUUUACUUAUGUUUUAUGUAUAAUGGAAAUAUUUGUUAAGGAUGUGAGUUUGGAAAAAUGUUAGCAUCCCGCGCGCGAUGGACGCACGUUGGAUUGCUGUGGUUUUUGUGCCUCGCAGUGGAUGGACUUAUAGAGAUCGUCGAAGUCCAACAAUGUCACAACUACGAGUUUCGGCUGACCUGUCGCGACCUGGACUCUCACAUUGCCGUCCUGGAAGCGUGGUAUACGUCUCUAGACGAUUACAAUCGCGAUGUGAACUCCUCACGUCUCGUCUCAGACAGUUUAAAAAUUAAAACUGAGAACGACUCGGAACUGAAUCGUGUUUAUGUCUAUUCUAGUCCAAAUCAUAAUGGCGUUUAUGAAACGGCGCCCUCUAACCAUUCCAAAUUUGAAAAUUUGAACGUCAACGACACGUUCGAAUUUAAUGAAACGUCAUAUUACAACGACAGUCUGCUGUUUAUGAACGAUACUGUAGAUAUGACAGUUGAUUUUUUAAACGUGAGUGAGAGUUGUGGUGCGGUGUCCUAUGUGCGGAGCUACGCGAGCUGGCGCGAAGGAGACAAGCGCAGGCGCACUCCGUUCAGAAGUUCGUCUGUGAAUUUAAGAGCUCCAGUUAGUUACCGGUGA